CAAAACAAGCAGCCGCGUGUGGCGACACGAGAAAGAAGGAAGGAAUAGUUGGGCUGCGGAAAAAAGUCUUAAGAGAGGAAUAAUUAGGGGACAGAAAGAUUCUUAAGACAAGGACUAGUUGGGGGGGCAAAGAGAGUCUUACACCCCCCCAAAAGACUUAAGGAGGCGAAUGGAGUACCAAAGUAGACUUUAAACAAGCGGCACAAGCAGGCCUGCUGCCAGGCGGUCCCAGAUGGACUCCAGCAGCGAGACCAAGAUGAUGUCCUCUGACCCCCCAGGCAACCCCUACUGUGAAGACACCCAGGGCCAGACAACAGCCCGAGGCCAAGGGUGCAGCUGGCUGGUGGUGGUUGGAGCAGUGACGGCCUCCCUGAGCGGCCUGAUGCUCGGCUACGAGAUAGGCCUGACCUCGGGGGUGCUGCUACAGCUGCGAGGCGUCCUGUCGCUCUCAUGCCAAGAACAAGAGCUUCUGGUCAGCUCCCAGGUACUCGGCUCUUUGCUCAUGUGCCUGGCGGGCGGUCCCAUCCUGGACCGCUACGGACGGCGUUGCUGUCUGAUCCUGAGCGCCUUCAUGGUGGUCGGGGGGACAAUACUCCUGUUGGCCAUCACCUCAAUGGUGACGCUGACAAUAGGGCGAGUCAUCGUGGGCAUGGGCACGGCGCUGUCGGGAACCGGGGCUUGCCUGUACAUCGCGGAGAUCUCACCGCGGGAGAGGCGUGGAAUGCUGGUGACGCUGUACGAGCUGAUGCUGGUGGUGGGCGUCAUGCUUGGCUUCGGCUGUAGCUACGCCUUCACCACGCUCACCCAUGGCUGGAUGUACACGUUUGGACUUGUGAUCCCUGCAGCCCUGCUCCAGGUCAGCACUCUUGUGUUCCUCCCACCCAGUCCAAGGUUCCUGGUGGCACAAGGGAGGAUGGAGCAGGCCAGGAUGGUUCUGGCUCGCAUGGGUGGGGGCAUGAAGGAGCAGGUGGAAGGAGAACUCAGGGACAUCCAGGCAGGACUUAAAGAGGAGUCAGAACACAGCUUCAUGGAGCUAUUUAGCUCCAAGUCCAACCUGCGAUCCCGGCUGCUGACAGGUGUGGCGCUCGUUUUCCUCCAGCAAACCACCGGCCAGCCCAACAUCCUGUCCUACGCCUCACCGCUGCUACGUAGCGUCAGCUUCCACAGCGACGCCGCCGCCACCUUGGCGUCCACCGGCUUAGGCGUGGUCAAGGUGGUGGCCACCAUCCCGGCUGUGCUGCUCGUGGACCGUGUGGGACCUAAGACCUUCCUGUGUGUGGGCGCCGUGGGCAUGGGGAUGUCACUGACCACACUGGGCGGAUUGACGCUGCAGAGUCACACGCACUUGUCCAGCCUGUGUGCCAGCAAUGUGACAACCAACCACUCGCUCAUGAUGUGGGAUCCCAACAGAACCGCAGUGCUGUUGGAGAACGGCAAAACGUUUCCCACCAACCCAACAGUCCAGUGGAACAGCAGAGAGACGACAGAAGAUGAAGGCGCGGUGGGGGUUGGGCCAAUGGAAGACAGGUCUACGUCGCUCAAGUGGGUGUCGCUCAUCAGCUUGCUGGUGUUUGUGGCGGCCUUCUCCAUCAGCCUCGGGCCAAUGACGUACGUGGUCCUCACCGAGAUCUUCCCGAUGGGUGUCAGAGGCCGAGCCGUGUCGGUGGUGUCGGCCGUCAACUGGGGCACCAACCUGCUCAUCUCCAUGACCUUCCUCACUAUUACAGAGAAGGCUGGCGUUCCCAGCGUUAUGUUCCUGUACGCCACCAUGAGCUUCAUCCUGCUGGUGUUUGUCAUCGUCUGUGUACCUGAGACAAAAGGACGCACGCUGGAGGAAAUAUCGAAGGAACUGGCUAAAAAGAAGCAUUUUAAGUUUAGUCUCUGCAAGAAAGUCCAACCCCAGGAGAUGAGUCGAAUGUCCACAGAGACGUUCCAAAAAUCCUGCGACACGCAUCCACUUCACACGCAAUGUGAAGCAAGCACACACUGCAGUGCCAAGAUGAACAAAAACUCUGUGUGCAGUAACAGUAAGCAAGUCCCUCUAUGGAAAAGCAAUUGCAGUAAAGAUUAACAAGCAGCAUGGAAAACAUAUUUAAAGCACACUUUGUUUGCAAGUUGCCAGUCAGUUUAAAAACAUUAGGUACAUCCAUUGAGAGCUUUAAAGAAAAAGUGCACUUUUUUUUCUUAAAAUGUUGCCCAUCAUCAACAAUCCUUAUGUGAGACAUGAACACACGUCUCUCUUUCCUGUGUUCUACAGAUAUAAACAAAGAGAGGCAGCUAAGAAUGCAUGUCAUUGGACGCAACUAUUCCGUCUUCUGAAAAAACCUCCAAAACGCACCAACAAGGCUCCAUUUCCAUAAUGUCACCUGCAUAUUAACCAAGCCACAGCAACAUUAUUGCUGUUGUUAUUAACAUUGUUAUGCCCAAGAACUACAUUACUGGCGUAGUGACACCUCGCCACACCACAGCGGCUAGCUUCACCACACACUCGCUCCCAGCGUCUCACGCCACUAGCUGCAUAUUGGAGCUGCCGCCACUGCUGCUGCGUUUCUGUUUCUGAGUUUGGGAAAGUUAACGCUAGGUUACACUAAGGUUAUAUUCCAUGUUAUCAUGAAUGUGACUGUUACUACACGCUCACAGAACGGAUAGAAAACCAGAAAACCUUGUUGAGCUUUUUGGAGGUGUGUUAAUAGCGGGCUUUGUAGGCAGAAUAGUUAUGUCCCAUUACAUGCAUUUUAGGCUGCACAGAAAAGAGACGUGUACUCAUGUCUCACAUAAAAAAGUGCUGUUUUCCUUUAACAAGGCACUGACAAAAUAGAUGUUCUAAUAAUGUUAAUUCUUUAUUGGCAGGGAGGUUUAUUAUGGUGGUUAGUUGACAGAGGAGCCAGAUGAGGUGGUUAGGAUGCCUCCUUGGCGAGGUAUUGAGGGCAUGUCUGACUGGUAGGAGGCCUCAGGGAAGACCCAGAGCCCGUUGGGACAGUCUCUCAACUCGCCUGGGAACGCCUGGUGGACAAAGCAGCCGAGGAGAGGGAAGCCUGGGCUUCCAUCUAUAGCCUACAGUUGGUCACAACCGGAUGUACGACUUUUAGGCCGUUUUUUUUUUUUUUUGCUUGUGGAGAAUGUAGUUGAUCAUGAAGGAGUAAGAUCACAGUGCACCCAACGUACAACUUGCAAGUCCAAUGUGCGUCCCGCACACAAACUCUGAGGCUGCUCGGACAUACAGUAUGGCUGUCGUGUCAAUCAUACAGCCAACGCAUGUCACUUGUAAGACCACUGUCCCGCAAACUUGCAAUAAAAGUCCUGACUUUGCGUUCUAUCUGGGCUUGGUAUGAAGGUUGCAAGAACCACAUGAGCUGUACAUUGUGCGCACCAACAGAAGAUCCGGACCGGAAACAUGACUGGCUCCUCCACUAUCUUUUUACGACAGUUUCAGUUUAUGAACAUAAAUGGUCAAUAACCAUAUGAUAAAUAUUUAAUAUUCAAUAUAUUCAGCUUCUUUUUCUGAAUGGCGCUUAUUAAAAGACUUCGCCAGCAUGUAGAUGGUCAUUAUUCACCAACCGUGACCUCUUGCAGUACACGUGCAAAUAGAUGCACCACAGGCGUAUACAUCAUAUCCAGCCGUGUAAAUAACAGGCAUUGCAACAGGAAUCAAAUAUAAAUAUACAUUACCAUAUACAAUAAAGCAUAUGAAACUAUACACCCAAGUUUUUGUGCGAUUGAUGCACUCUCGCCGUACGGGCAACGCACAACCGACUUACUCGAUGCGCAUUGAGCACGUAAGAAAAAUCUGAGCAUGCGUUGGCUGUGCUAAUUACGUAUGUGGGGUGCACGUGUGGUGCACAACAUGGAGUCCGCAAGUGCGACAUAUGACAAAAAUGACAUUUCGCCAAAACCUGACACCAGCAAAACAUGCGAAAGACACAGGUUGGCCGUACGGACGACGCACUAAGACACAUGAAGUGCGGAAGUUUGGACUUACCUCUGUAGCCGGUCUGCAGCCAGCCUACGGCUCAAAAAUGAUCACAUCAAAAGCGCGCCCUCUGUGCAUUUCUUGCAUUUUUUUUUUUUGCAUGUAGACCGGCUGUAGGAGCCCGUACAACCGGUUGUGACCGGCAGGCUUUAGGCUGCUUCACCCUCGACUUGACCUUGGAUAAGCAGAAGAUGGAUAGUUGACUACAUCACACGCCGUGUCAAAUAUGUUGUCCCUCUGCUGUAGGUAAUACAACACUUGCAUGUGUACCGUAUGUGGCCACAUACGUAAAAAUGAAGGAUUAAAUGAGUA